AUGGCUUCAAACACGUUGGAGUUAAGGGGUGUCGUUUUUAUCUUAACUUUAUUAUCAAUUCUUCACUUUGGAAGGUCUCAAGAGGGCUGUAGUCAAAUAGCAGACGCCUAUCGAUUUGAUUGCUACCCCGAAGAUGGCGCAUCCGAACAAAACUGCUUGAAUCGAGGCUGUUGUUGGAGGCCACCAUCAGCGGAAGUUGAUGGAAAAGUCCCGUUGAAUAUUCCAUACUGUUUUUAUCCCACCAACUACGGUUACAAACUUGUCAGCAAAGAGAAAACUCAGACGGGAUAUUUACUUAGGCUAGUUAAGCAAGGACACCCGGGACCAUACGGCAAGGAUAUUGAAAAUUUGACUGUGGAUGUUCGCUUUGAGACUCGAGAACGGCUUCAUUUCAAGGUAAGCUGAAAAAAAAAGGGUUCGAACCUUGGUUAAGUUGUUUACCGGCUUAGUGUGGUUUUUCGAUCCUUAUUUUAUUUGGGGUCAUCUUUGCUUUCUGUCGAUACCAACCGCAAUAGACGUUAACCGAGUCACGUAAAAAUGCAAUUUUUUUUAAGGCUAAGCUAAUUGAUUAAAACAACGAUAUUUAUUCACAGGUCGAUUCAUCACACUGAAUUUAGAAAAUCUGCAAAGUUCUGUUUGCCCUAAUUUCCCAGAAAUCUGAGGGCCAAAAUUUAUUUCUUUUGGGGAGGGUGGGGGGCUGGGAAGGGGCAUAUGCUUGCGUUAGACGUCUUUAGUUUUUGUUUUCCGGAUGAAGGUCACGUGAGGAAUUUGCCUCUCUGCCUUUUUCAUAAAUCAUGCGUACCUAUGCAGGGGAAUAAGACGAAAUUUCAAUGAAAUGUGCUUGUUCAGUCCACUAGGGUAUUAUCACAUGACCUACAUGGGAAAACAAAACAGCUGAAGAGGUUUAUUGACCCCCUGAACCAUGACUCAUGAUCAUUUUCUGAAAAAAAAAAGGGUCAGCAAACAAGUUGACAAACAAGAAAUUAAAGAAAAGCGUGGAGAGUUCAAGCCUCUUCUUUUGGGUAUCCUGUGUAUCACUGGGUAUCCUGUGCAUGCUGCUUAAAAGUGUAUUGACCAUUUUGUCAUUGCAUGUUCUCCUUGAACUGCAUAUGGAUACCAGUAUACCCAGUUAGGGGGGUGGGGAGACUGCCCCCAGGUCCAACCCUUACCCUUUUACAUACUGGUUUUGAAAGAAAAGGUACCCCCUUCAUUUACUUUCUAUUGGCAAAUGGUACCCCUUUCACAUACCUAGUUUAGAACUUUUAGAUGUUUUGGAACUGCUGUAAAGGCACUGUCUUUAAAAUAUGAAUAAAUCACAAAACCAGAAUGAUUCCUCAACUUUUUCACAGCCAUAAAAUGAAUCUAUGAGCCCUUUUGGGCCUUUUUACAAACUAAAAUGACAGAUUUCCCUACCCUAUUAUAUACCUCAACAGGUGAAAUCCUUACCCUUUUGUAUACCUGAGGUCUGAGAAGGUACCCCUUUUGGGCUGAGCCUCCAUGUAUGGGCCAUUAUCAGGAGUACCCCCUUGGGCCAAACUUCUUUAGGUGUGCUGUAUGGUUCAUUCAUAAUUGAGAUUAAGGCUAAUAUGGAGACCAGAUGUCAUUAUUACACUCUUCAAGAAUAAAGUGCACAGAAUACAUGCGAAAAAACAUGAAAUACCAAGAAUAUGUAUUCUCAAGUCUAUCCAUCCCCUUACAUUCUAAAAGCCAAAGAAUCUCCUUUUUUAAGCCUCUUCGCAUGGCUGAACUUAACUCACCUCUUAGUGUAUUCAUGCAUAUGUAUGACAGGAAGUCAGACAUGAGUUUUUACUUAUUAGAUUUCUAUGAACCAUAUAAAGUACCAAUUAUUACAAAGAGUGCUUCUUGGUGUUGUGGAUUUGUUAGUGCUAGUGCUGUUUACUAAUAUAUGUAUUACUACAUUCAAUUCUCAGAUCUAUGAUCCUAAUAGUAAAAGAUAUGAAGUCCCCAUUCAGACCCCAACAGUAAGCACCCAGGCAACAGAACUUGAUUAUGAUGUAAAUGUCAAUACUUUCCCAUUUGGCAUUUCUGUGAAAAGAAAAUCAACAAAUACUGUCAUGUGAGUAAAUUUUUUUACUAUUUCUUUUUCAUGCCUUAAAAUAAUGUGGUUCUUAUUUGAGGACGGUACUUUUUUGAGUGUGGUAUUUAUUUGAAAGUUGGAUGCGACAAAAAUAAUUAUUGUUUAACCAUUGUAUUAUUAUUUUCCAUAUUCAACUAAAACUUCCCAGUAUUAACGUUUUUUGAUUUUGAUCAUCUUAAUUGAGACCACAGUGUCUAUUCAGGAGCGACACUUCAGUAUUAAUUUUUUUGUUCCAAAUGCACUGCUUAUUCAAGGGUGGCACUUAAUCAGUGUUGUGGUGUUCUGUUACAAUUCUCCCCAUUAUCUUACUAACAAGAAAAAAGAACUUCCAAACAACAGGGUCCUACUGAAGGCAGGUGGUGAGGGGUGGCGGUUGGUGUUGUACGAAUUUGAUUUUCCCAGCCAAAAUUUUUCCAGAUACCAGUGUCAACAAGUCAUGUAUUUGCCUCAAAUACUUCUCCACUAGAGCACUCAUGUACUUGUCGCAAAGUUGCAUUAAUGAUUAUAAACAACACAUUAAUUACAGUGUCUUUUUUAAAGUUCCUGACACUGUUUUUACAGAGCUAUUAAUUAAUACAGGUAUAUCAUGAAAAAUGGUUAACUGGCAGACAACUAUAGACAGAAAAUAUUGGUGGACUGACAGUCACCUUACAGAAAAAAAAAAAAAAAAAACUGGUAGUCUACUCAGUGUUAGCCCCAUACAGUAGUACACUGUAGUUAAUUGGCAGUGGUCAGUUGCCAGUUUGGUCAUCAUGAUGGCUAGUGCAGCUAAGCCAGUCAUAUGAAACAGAUAGUUGAAAUGAAACCUCACAAAGAAUCCUGACUGACAGGUUAGGUUGAGGCAAAUUAGUAGGUUGCUUAUAAAGAUAGCUGCCCUCAGCACUGCUGAAAAAUCUAGUCCCACCAGUGUUAUAAGGGCGUGUUUGUUGAUCCUGGGUCCACUUUGACUCUUGGCCAUGCCGCAUCUGCUCGCUGACAGUUAGAUCCUAAUAACAUGGUACAUUUUGCCCUUAUUACAUAAUUUUUAUUUCUACAUUUUGCUGUUUUAGCUUUAAUAGUAUCGUAGGAGGAAUGGUUUUUGAAGAUCAGUUUAUUCAGCUAUCAUCACUGUUGCCAUCAGGGACAUUGUAUGGCCUAGGUGAACAUGUCGAUCCUUUACUUCUUGAUGUAAAAUGGACAAGAGGAACAUUGUUUGCCAGAGACCAGGGAACCCCAGAGGUAUUUUUUUGACAAUGUCUUGUGUAUUGCACAUACCACAGGAAAAAAUAACGGAUUCCCAUUUUUGGAUAUUUUAGGGUAUUUAACGAAUGCCCAUAAAAAUCCCAAAUUUGGCAAAUUAAAGUGAGACAAGUCCCAACAAGGGAAUUCCCAACCAAGUUCCCUGAUUGGGACUUGUCUCACUCUUCCAAAUUUGGGAUUUUUGUGGGUAUUCUUUAAAUACCCUAAAAUAUCCAAAAAUGGGAAUCCGUUAUUUUUUCCUGUGUACUCAAGGUAUCGUAAUUUGUUCCUUAAUUUUCCUAGAAGAUGUUUUAAAAGAAGAAGGAGAUUGUGAUGAGGAAGGGGAGGGCAUUGGUUGCUAUUGAGCUCCUAUCCUUAUUUGUAGUCCACUAGCUCAGUAUUGCUUUUAUCCGUACAUGUUAUAACAUUCUGUGUUUUAUAAUUUGCAAAAUCAAUACAGUCUAACCUCUCCUUACAGACACCUCUAUAAUACGGACACCUUUCUAUUAUGGACAGUUCGUUUUGUCCCAGAAAUGCUCAAAAUGAUACAUUCCCUGCCUCUAUAAUGAGGACACCUCUGUAAAGCGGACAAUAAUUGUCCAGUUAUUGUUUCUGUCCCUUUGGUGUCCGUAUUAAGGAGGUUUGACUGUAGUUACUAGGUGGCUUGUGAUUCAAGAUUGAAUAUCUUGUUGAAUUAUGUCUAAUUUUUAUUCCAUGAGGGUGCGUUGGAUAUGAGAUGUGUUAUGCCGAGUUGGCUAUAAUCAUCUCAUAUCCAACAAGCGUAAGUGGAAUAAUUGACUUUUGUUAAAAUUGCCCACAAAAUAAUGAAAAUUCUUCGCGACUUUAUUUGUAAAAACAACCGAUUUGCAGCUUGUUUAUUUAAGCAGACGCGUGCAGUUACCAUAUUUGGAGAGGAUGGUGUACGGUAAUGGCUCAUAUACCAUGAUGGCUAAGCCAAUCAGAGCUCUAGAAUUUUAUUAUCUAAUUAUUCAGUUUUUAAUAAUAUCAAUUAUCUCAGUUGAAACUGAUGCAUGGUGUUGUGCACCAGUCAUUUAUGUUGAAGAUUGUUUUAUUUUCUUACUUUAUUCCAACCUAAAGGAGAUUAACUACAUCUCACAUUCCAGCAUUAGAGCCAGUGUUGAAACUAGCUCUCCCAAGCUGCACAAUUUACUCCAAUUCUCUCGCCCCUUCCAUCCUUGACAUUUUAUGGACCUCCCCUGAGCUUUGCGAGUGUCUGCAGUACACAUAUUUCUAGUUAUUUGUAAAUUAGGUCUUAAGAAGCUAGUUGGAAUGAUGUAACUGAGUUACCUGUAGUUAUUGAAUCAGUCUUGAGUUUGAUACGAAGAAUUAUGCAGAUUGAGGAGGGUGUUAUUCCCUGAGAAUCUCCUGUCCUCUCUCCCUGGCACCCAAAGACUUAAAGGGCAUUAAACUUAGAGCAAGGGGCACACACAUACACCAACCCACAUUCUGGCCAGUACUUCAUGCAUGCGACAGCUAUAUCACACGGGCAGUGGCAGGCAUGGUCAUGAGUUGGUUAAUGUGUGCCCCUAAUGUUUUAAGUUUGUCUUACAUUGAAUUUACUGGCACACAGAUCAUGGUAACUCCUGAUCCGCCUUCCCCAGCACGCAUGUCGUGGGAGAACUGCUGUGCAGUUCCCAGCCAACUCAGCUCCCAUAUGUGUUAUGUGGAGCUGGUGCUUAAAGGAGUGCUUUGCACUUGCCUGACACCAUGACACCAGUAAAGAGCCUCUGAAGACACUGACUUUGUCCAUACAGAGGUCUGACGGCUAUGCCAUGCUGAUGAGCCCCAAUAAGGGCAAAACAGCUGUCCAUUGCUGCCACUGCAUGGGUGAUAUUGCUGUGCAUAUGUCGGUUAGGUGGUGGCCAGGCUGUGGGUUGGUGUAUGUGUGCCCCCUGCUUUAAGUUUAUCUUACCCAAAAGGCUGUCUGCUUUGGACAAUGGGUACCAAUUCAAAGCAGUUUGCUAAAUGUAGUUCAUUUUACUCGGCCUCUUUGAACCCUAUCCCAGGUCAACCUAUACCGAUAUGGUAAAUUUAGUAAAAUCCAACUAGUGAUCUAUUGAGGAGGGUGUUAUUCCCUGAGAACCUCCUGUCCUCUCUCCCUGGCACCCAAAGACUUAAAGGGCAUUAAACUUAGAGAAAGGGGCACACACAUACACCAACCCACAUUCUGGCCAGUACCUCAUGCAUGUGACAGCUAUAUCACACGGGCAGUGGCAGGCAUGGUCAUGGGUUGGUUAAUGUGUGCCCCUAAUGUUUUAAGUUUGUCUUAUAUUGAAUUUAGUGGCACACAGAUCAUGGUAACUCCUGAUCCACCUUCCUCAGCACGCAUGUCGUGGGAGAACUGCUGUGCAGUUCCCAGCCAACUCAGCUCCCAUAUGUGUUAUGUGGAGCUGGUGCUUAAAGGAGUUCUCUUGCACUUGCCUGACACCAUGACACCAGUAAAGAGCCUCUGAAGACACUGACUUUGUCCAUACAGAGGUCUGACGGCUAUGCCGUGCUGAUGAGCCCCAAUAAGGGCAAAACAGCUGUCCAUUGCUGCCACUGCGUGGGUGAUAUUGCUGUGCACAUGUCAGUUAGGUGGUGGCCAGGCUGUGGGUUGGUGUAUGCGUGCCCCCUGCUUUAAGUUUAUCUUACCCAAAAGGCUGUCUGCUUUGGACAAUGGGUACCAAUUCAAAGCAGUUUGCUAAAUGCAGUUCAUUUUACUCGGCCUCUUUGAACCCUAUCCCAGGUCAACCUAUACCGAUAUGGCAAAUUUAGUAAAAUCCAACUAGUGAUCUAUUAUCAAUGCAGCAUUCUGAUUGGUUGAGCUACUACUAGGAUAUAUGUUAUAGCCCACUAGUAGCGAAAAGUGCCGGCUUUUUGGUGGCAAAAGUCUAGCUAAAGUAUAGCUAAAACUUUUUAUUCUCGAUAUUUUUGACCAACUAGUUGGAUUUUACUAAAACAAUUAUUCCUCUCGCCCUCAUGGCCUCUGAUUCAAAAGCCCAUGAGGCCAACUAUUGACUCAAAGCCCAUUCAGGCUCAAGGAAUAAUUGUUAAAUAUCUGCAUGACCAUUUCAGUAAUAGUGAUUGACAAGUUUGCCCCUGGUUAACUCUGUUAUUGAAUUUAUUUCUAUCUGAAAAUAUAGAAAAAUUCAUGUAGAUUUUCACUUUGUUUUCACUUUAAUGUUUGUUUUCAACUUUUUACUUUCUAUUUAUAGGGUCUUUCCAAUUUGUAUGGCGUUUUUCCAUAUUACAUCUCGAUUGAAAAAGAUGGAAAUGCAAAUGGAGUAUUUCUUUUGAACAGCAAUGCCAUGGGUAUGCCUAGAAAUUACUAUGUCAUUCAGUACAAUGCAUUAUUAUAUGUCUCUAGUAUUACCAAGCCAGUCAAUAAUACUUUUUGCAGCUUUGUCUAGCUUGUACAUAAUCCACUUUUCGCCUCCAUUACUUGAUUCAGUGAAUAAAUUAACAAUUAUUCGACGAUGGUGAGCAAAAUAUCCUGAUUUGUCAGUGGUGAGUCGAGAUCAGUUAUUUACCUCAGCCGAAAGACAAAUAAUUGAUCCGCUCACCACUGACAAAUCAUGAUCUUUUGCGAUAACCAAGUUCAAUAAUAAUAUUGUUUUAUCAUUCGGUCACCGAGUCUGUUUUUCAAUGAACAUCUUCGGGAAGCUGCCAUUUUCACGCAAGAGCGGUCUUGGGCGGCAUUGCGCAUGAGCAGACCAUUAUUUGUAGGCAGUUAUUUGCAGGUCACGUGGUGGGCUUUCGGCCAAUGACUCUGAGAAUUCUCGAUGUGACCAGAUUCCUUUGCUUUACCCCGUACGUUUAGGGAACUUACCACGAACAGUGUUAACAUAAUUAUUGGAUUAAGCUUAAAUUUGUUAAGUUUGUCUCAAAAAAUUUUUGCUUCUUCUUGUCGUAGUUCGCGUUAGUUAGCUUCAUUUUGAAAUGUUACUUUCUCUUUCGCGGCGUUAAUUUCCUUCCUUUGUUUGAAAGUAUUUUUUUCCUGCAAUUGCGUUAAUUGAAGUCAUAUUUCAAACACCGUAAUUAACACAAGAGUUUAUUUUCUCUAAUUAUUUAAGGUGGCCGAAUUCCUGAAACUAAAAUGAUAGCCAAAAUACUUGUCAACUGGUUUUUGAAGAAUUUCCACAAAGAAUGAAAACCUUUAAACUGCUGGGGGACUGGCAUUGGUAUUUUUAAGAGAUUCUAUGUGAAGUUGAUGAGGCUAAGAAAGAAAAGAACUCGGCUUUCGUAUCUUAUGAAGAAUUAUGCAGAUCGAGGAGAGUUUUAUCCACCUAGGUCGAACUUUCUCCUCGGUCUGCGUUAUUCUUCAUUUUAUACUCAACCUCAUUCAAUAAUUGUUUUAAAACAAAUGCUGGAUUUAUAUAAUCAUGACAUACUAACGGCUCCAUCCAUCUCUUAGAUAUUAUUCUUCAACCAACUCCUGCCAUAACCUACAGGACGAUUGGAGGAAUCUUGGACUUCUACGUCUUUCUUGGUCCCAGCCCUGAUUUAGUUGUCCAGCAAUUUACAGCAGUAAGUUUUACUCAAGUCAUACUAAUAGUAUACUUUAUUGUUCUAUCAUCUGGAGACACGUUUAGUAGUCAGAGCAUUUUGGUAUCAACACCACCAUCUUCGACUGAACGUGGAAAUAUAAAAUUGAACCGCAACAUAUCUUCAACUUGAAUUACUAUCGUGACGUAGAAAAAAACGUUCCAAUCUCGUACAAAACAAAGCAUUCAGAAAGUUAGUAUCUAUGUUUAGAGAAACUUCAAGAAGGCAAGUAAUGCUUUAGAAACACUUUGUUAUAUACUAAAAUCGCGAACCUAUCAGUUUCGUCAAAAUAUCGGGGAACCAUGAUUCUGUGUGGUCCAUAGUCAGUCACAUAGUUUACAUUAGUUCGAAAUACCAGCCAGGGGCACAAACGUACUGGAAAACGACAAGAAUUGAGAUGAGAUUGAUUUGCUACCAUCUUACAGCGUAACGUUGUAGAUGUUAUGAGAUGACGUACUGGUUCUACGCGGUGAAAAUAAUGCUACAACCGGCAUCAGUUAAAAAAGAGAGUCGCUGCGUUCUUGAUGUUAAAACUUAGGACAUUUGAGUACUUCUAACCUUAAAACUUUUUAAAAAGUUAGGAACUCAGAAUAGUGAAUUCCCAAGUCACGCCUUAGUGAUAACUAUGAGCUAAUACUACUUCAUCCACUGUCAGCAGAGCCGUUCUUUCGCUUGCUUGAUUUUGGCGUACUCGAGAAAGACUCUGCAGUACGAUCUUUGUUGAGCAUGCGCGGCAUGUUGCUAGGAUAUAGUUUAAAACCCAGGGUUAAUAUCCAUGCGCUUGCUACAGUGGGUUACGACCGUCGGUUUAGAUCAAUAAACGAAUGCUCGCACUCGAAAAGCCCGUUUGACGAGAACAAGAUUGGCUAGUUCUGAAGCUUGGGCUGCGAUGACCUCGAAGGUUUGCAUGGACGUGAUUGGGGCAGUCUCCUUUUCUCGAGCUCUGCUCGUGACUACUUCAACUUACGUUGAACGUUUCUGACGUGCAAUUGUGUCAAAAGUACUUCAUAAUUUUUGAGUCUUGUAAUUGUUGUUUUGUAUUAUGCAAUAAUAUUUGACAUAGUUACACUGUAAGCGUUCCACUUUAUUCUUGCCUCCAAUCGUGGUUCACGUUUAUAGACAAAUUGAGCUUUAACAUCAAUCUUUAAUUCUUCAGGUAGUUGGCCGCCCAUAUAUGCCCCCGUACUGGGGUCUGGGAUUCCACCUUUGCCGCUGGGGAUAUGGAAGUUUAAAUGGCACUAUGACAGUGAAUGACAACAUGAGGAAAUAUGGCAUUCCGCAGGAUGUUCAGUGGAAUGAUAUUGAGUAUAUGGACAGGCAUCUGGACUUUACUGUUGACAAUAACAACUGGGGAGGUCUGGGAGAUUUUGUAAAGAAACUGCAUGGCCAAUAUCAUCAACAUUACAUUCCAAUUGUGGUGAGUUGCACUAGUCUAAGUUAACCCCCUAAUUUCAGCCAUCUUCUAGGGUCGCAAACUCUCUCUUGGGACUUUGCGAGGCGACGGCUGAAAUUCAGGCUACCUCUUAAGUAUUUUUUACAAAAAUCCUCAUCUUUGUAGUAAAAGAUAUGUUGGCUUUGACUGCAUCGUUGUUAAAUGUCUUUUCUACUACAAUUUCUUCCAUCAUUUUUUGUUGUUUAAUUAAAUAAAGUUAAAACAAUUUUAUGUUGUUAGACUGUUCCGUAACAAAAGAGCAUAUCUUAGGCAACAAAGACGUCUAGGCCUUGCAUUCCUUUUCUUGCAUUCUGUUUUUUCCUCAAACGAAGAAACCUAACAGCCUCCCGCUAAUUUUAUUUUGAACCGACUAAAGUAAUACGUGAUCCAAAAUGGCGGCUCACAAUGCUGCUCACUGGAGGAUACUAGAAUCUCUCACGGAUUGGAUUGACUUUGAAGGCCUAGAGACAGUCAGAGACCAAAAACUUUGUUUGUCAUCUUUUUAUUAGUGAUAAAAAAGAGAGCAAGGACCUUUUGUGGAGAUACCGUAAAAUUCCGAAAAUAAGCCCCUCCAAAUAUAAGCCCCCCAAACUGGUAACACAAAAAACCCUCCGUUCUGAAUCGCCCCUCCAAAUAUAAGCCCCCCGGGGGCUUGUACUUGGAAAAUGUUCCUCAAAUACAAAGUAAAAUAAAGCAAGACCGGUAAAUUUACUUUGACUAUAAGGCUAGCCCAAUCGAUUUUGAAACGCAGGUUUCCUUCCGUAUAUAAGCCCCUCCGAAUAUAAGCCCCUCCAAAAAUAAGCCCCUCAAAAGGGGCCUUUGAAAAAUAUAAGCCCCGGGUCUUAUUUUCGGAAUUUUACGGUAAAUUUUUGCUUCAUUGUCAGUGAAUUGACAUCUAUAGUUUCUUUUCUAUCUCAGGAUCCUGGUAUAAGUUCCACUCAACCAAGGGGUUCUUAUCCGCCAUAUGAUGUUGGGCUUGAGAUGGGCGUUUUCAUUAAUUCAUCGACUGGAGAAACUUUCAUUGGCCGGGUAAUUAUAAACUAAAACUGAAAUAUAAUGUACUAAUUUUAGCAGACUCCAUUUAUUUUGUUAACAGCUUUAUUGGCCUAAAUAUAUCUCAAUAAAUGAUACAAAUGAAAAAGAAAGAAAGAAAAAAAAAAGAGAGAGGGAGACAAGAUGAUUAUUUCGCGGUAAAUCACGGUCAAUCAGAAAAUCUUAAAAUUGCUAGACAAUUCUGGUAGGAACCGCGUAAUUUAAAAUAAUUUCUGGGGGAAACCUGAGUCCAAUUCCAACCUCAUUCCCAUAAAACAUAGGUUCGCUAAGGUGUGUGGGAAAGCCCUUAUAGCAUACUCACUUUACUACUCGCCGUCCUAUCGGCCUGGAUAGUGAAACAGAAUCCUUUCGUUUCAUUACUACCAAAAGAGCAACAAGGCAGUACAACAGAGACCAUUAAUAGGGUAAAGAAUACCAUGAAAAAAAUAAUCAGCGUCUUUGGUUUUAUUUGACACAUAUUUUGGAAAUCUCCAGGUUUGAGGUCCCAAUCUCCAGGUUCUUGGGGGCUUUUUUUCAAACACUCCAGAUUUGCAUCUUUUAGGGGUUGUAAGGUCUGGUAACAAUUGAAACUUCCAGAUACUUGAAUAAACUUUGAUAUCAAAAUUGUCGUCUUUUUAUUCAUCAAAAAACUUUCGUAGCUGGUGUCUUAUCAAUUAAAAAGAUUCAAACAAAAAGCAAAGAAAAAGAAGGAAAGAAAAUAAAAAAACCUUCGAAGUAAUUUUGGGUUUUCUGUUCCGUCAAUCAUCUUAGCGUACCUCUUAGGGAACGAAAUCAAAAUGUCAUGGUUUGUGAUUUGUGAUUAGUGGAUUCUGUUUUGUUUGUUUCUGCGUUUCAAAGUUCGUUUAGGGUGUCGGUGAUCGUCCUGUUUUGGGCAAUAAUCGACUGGUUUGCUUCGAAGAUUUUUCUGAUGUUUCUUAUUCUUGUAACUUGCAAGAAUAAAGCAAUAGAGAGUUUAAUCUUCACGUAUACUGCAAACGUGAAACAGCAGUGAUGACCACGUAGCCAUUUUUCUCACCGUUGGUAACGCCUGCUUUUCGCAGUUUGCCAUUUUUGCCUUGACGGAAAGUGUUUUCAUGCUCGUUUGGAACGUUAGCAAAAAAGUAUUCUUGUUGAUGAUCUUGAUACAUUAGCGCUCAUCGCCGUUUAAUGUCUGCAGCCAGACGUAAACGUGAUGCUUAACCUCACUAUUAAAUAUAUGGACAAGAAUUCCUCUCACCAUGGCGAAUUCCUUCGCUAUUCUUGAGCAGUCUAGAGUCAUUGCAGGCCAAGCUGGGCGAGCGCGUUGCAUUGUGAUUUGCGUUAAUUCCACCCCCACUCAAAUGAUUGACGGAACAGAAAAACCCAAAAUCCCUUUGAAGUUUGGAAAACGCGCAGCGCGAUAUAACGAAUUUGGCUUUUAACUUGAUGAACCACUUUUAUCAUUCAGCAUUGCAAUAAGCGAUGUUCUUGCCCUCCAUGAGUGCAAUGGAGCGAACUUGUGCCAGGCUCUCGAUCAGUGCAGAAGUGCGAAAAAAGUGGGCGAACCGCAACGACAAAGCGAGCCAGCGAAAAACAGCUGGAAGAUUGUAGGGGAGAGCUUGUGAGCAUCCUCUUAAAGAGUCAAAAUUUGCACUAUAGGAGGGUCCCGCACGCUUGCCGUGUUUGUUUGACUCUGCGCGCGCAAAGCCAAGUGGUUGACGUAAGUGACUACGUAAACGGUCGAAAGUGAUCAAUCAUAGGGUAUAUACCAGGAUCUUGUAUACUGGAAUGAGGUAUUAAAAAGAAUGCUAACAGGCUUCUCUUCUCCGUCUUCCCCAGUCCCCACGCGGUUUUGGUGCAACUUUUCUCGAUCCGCUUUUCCUACUACUGUUUUGGGGCAUAGAACAGGCUACAAAGUUACUGUAGCUUGCAGUAGUGGCUGCAAGCAUCGCCACCGGAUUUACACCUGAUGUGUUAAUUUUUCGAAAUAUGUAUUUGUUCAAUUGUUGACAAAGGUAUGGCCAGGACUGACCGCAUUCCCAGACUUCACUGACCCUGGGACACAAGCUUACUGGGAACAAAUGCUUUCCAAGUUCAGAGAACUUGUUGAAUUUGAUGGUCUGUGGAUUGAUAUGAACGAGCCUUCGAAUGAACUGGAUGGAUCAACAAAGGGAUGUCCUGCCAACUCGCCACUAGACCAUCCACCGUAUAAAACCCAUGUCAGCGGAGAUAACUUGUACUCAAGGACUCUGUGUAUGUCAGCAAAACAUCAUAGCUACUCACAUUAUGAUGUGCAUAGCUUGUAUGGACUCACGGAAAUGGAGCAGACAAUGAGGUAGAAUAUCACUAGCAAUGCUAACAUGAUUUUUAUACCUUGAUCCCAGGGUUGUAUGAUUCAUACUCAAAAGAAAUCUAGACAGAGGCCACAACAAUCCUUCUUAGGUGAAAUCGUCCGAUACAAGUUGCCGAUUCCUGGAGUUACUCUUGUCUAUUAUUAUGAGACCGCUUGUCUAUAUUUAUGUAUGGAACCGCCGACUUCCGCUCAAUAUGGUCACAGCCGUGAGGAAAACGCAGACGUUUUAUGUUACCCUAGUGAAACCCGAGGGUAACACCGGGUAACACCUCCGAGAGGAGGCAGCGUGGCCAAGCGGCUAGACCGCUGCACUUGCAAUUCGGAGGCCCCGAGUUCAAGUCCCGCUCUGACCGCUAGCUGGAUUUGUUCUUGGUAGCCCUGAGUUCAAAUCCACGGUAACGCUUGUAAAUAGCCAGCUGGUUUGUCUCCGGCCAGUUGAAUUCUUCACCCCGUUAAGUUUGAUUUGAAUUAUUUGUUUCACUGGAACUCAAAUCUCACUGCUUUUAAGCAGUAACAUACUCAGUGAGUCAAAGGCGGAAGUGAGGAAUAGGCAUGGACUAAUUUGAAACAGUUACCAAUCAUUUAUUUCAGGGAGGUGUGGGGUCCCCGGCGUCUCCCACAGGUUAGGGAGUGGAGACGUGUGACAUUUCAGACUAUCCCCACAGAUGAGGAUGACAGGUCCCCUUCCUCAUGAUUCACGCAAAAGAUAGUUAAUUCAUAAAUAGUGACGAUCAAUGAAUAACGCUCUCUAGUGAGUAUCACUAGUGAGCUUUGUUUGUUUACUGCCGUUGUGUGAUUUUUCCCUUACCUCUUUCAGCGCACUUAAAAAACUCAUAGGAAAACGAAGUGUUGUGAUAUCUCGAUCAACAUUUCCUAGUGCUGGCCUGCAUGGUGGACACUGGCUUGGUGAUAAUACCGCCACAUUUAACGACCUGUAUCUUUCAAUACCAGGUGACUUAACAUUAUACAAUUAUAAGCAUUUCUCUAAUUUUAAAUGAUCGUUCAUAAAACGAUAGAAGAAGACCUUAAGCCUUCAUGAUAGUUUUUUUUUCGCUGAUAUUUAAUUUUACGUUUUCUUAUCGCAAAAAUUACGAAACAUUAUCAGGAAAAUAAGUAAGAAGGUAUCUUCCCUUCAGUGAUGCUUUUAUGUUCUUCACGGUAGUAAAACACAUUUUUAUUACGAUUGAGAUCUGCAAGGCUAAAAAAAGUCAGGCGUUUAUAUUUGUUACCCAGCGUAUGAUUGAUUACGUUACGAGAUAUAUAGUAGAUGAUAGUGACAAAUUUCCCUUGAGCGAAAUCAGGCACUUUUUAUAGUGCGUUGAAGUCUCUUGUUUGUGCACGGUAACUGCUUGCGUUAUUUUAGCAUAGUUGUUUAUUUAAUGUCUUGUCACAUCCAAUCAUUAGGAAUCUUGAAUUUUAAUCUGUUCGGCGUUCCUCUUGUUGGAGCGGACAUCUGUGGAUUUAACGGCAACACCAAUAAAGAACUUUGUGCAAGGUGGACGCAGCUGGGUGCGUUUUACCCCUUUUCCAGAAACCACAAUACAAAAUCCGCAAUGGUGAGUUCUCUUCAUGUUACUUAUAACACUAGAACAUAAAAUAAGCGGAAAAACUGGUUGAGCUUUAAAAACAUACACUGACAAACAAAAUAGAGAGCUUUAGAGUCGAAGACGAGGACGUCUGCGAGGGCAAGAUUGAACUUAAAGUUUUUUCGCUUUUUUUCAAAAACACACACCGGAAAGCUUCAUUUUACCUUUUUUCACCAAAGUUAGCAGAGUUAUUUGUGUUGAGACAAGAUAAGCCCUCUCCCGAUCGGAAAAUGAUAUGAAAAGUACUAACCGUUGAUAACUUGUUGACAUUCUAGCUAAUGCUCUUAGUAGAAUGUCAACGGCUAUUACGUUUUCCCGCCAAAAUGACGCUGGUUCACGCGCGCGCACUACUUAGUAUGGAGAAAUCUCGUACUCGUAGACAUCCUCGUGUUAGAAUCUAAAGUUCUCUAAUAAUUAUUUAUAAUACUCAUGUGUCCCGCUUUUUCUUUGUUUUCAGUCUCAGGACCCCGCGUCCUUUGGCGCGGAUUUUGCUGGAAUGGCACGUAAUGUGCUGCUGACCCGCUACCUGUUGAUACCAUACCUGUACACUUUGUUUGCGCAGGCGCACACGCUAGGUAGCGCUGUGGCUCGUCCUUUGUUCUAUGAGUAAGUACCUAUUAAUUGAUUCGAAUAAUGAAAUCUCUUUUGCGCUAAACCUUUUCCCCUCCUGUUGUCCUUUAUUUUUCACGUUUCCUGAAGGUCGCUGUCAAAGUGAUAUGGGCAUUCCGGCGUUUUGGGCAUCCCCAUUCCCAAAGCCUGAAUUCAAAUCGCUAAGGUAAUGUGAUAAGGGGAUGCCCAUAUCACUAAGGUUUUGGGAAUGGGGAUGCCCAAAACGCGGGAAUGCCCCUAUCACUGUAACAGCGCAAUGCCCUCCUCAUGUAAAGCGUGAUACUAGGCGUGUAAAAACUACUGUAAAAAGCCUAUAUACAAAAGAACUCCUUGUGUAACAAGGGUUAGAAAAACCUAACCUUUGGUGCUCCUUUUAUCCUGUUCCCAUUCAGUUAUUUGCUGAUUUGUCUGUUUGUUGUUCCAACCCCGUACCUAAUGCCCUUCCCUUAGAACAUGGAACGGCCUAAACCCCCCCCUCGCAUCGUUUGAUAAAAAAGCCUUGGAGACGAGGUUGUUAUUAUUUCAAAUACUUUUCUUCAUUCAAGGUUUCCUAAAGAUCCAACUACGUACCCAGUUGACCGACAAUUCCUUCUUGGUCCGGCAUUACUCAUAACCCCAGUAUUAACACAGGUAAGUAUACCAAGUCAGAUUCUGUACGGUACAGCAGUACAGAUAACGCAGGCUCACCGAAAGAUCGUAGAAUUUAAGCAAAGUUUUCUUGACUCGAAAACAUUGACUGUCCGAGUUUAUUAGAAUUUUUACUUGAACUCUUACCUCGAGAUCCAGUAUGAUACUCUAAACAAUCUAACACUGUAAUUUUCAAGGAGUUAUAAUAACUUCUCUAGUGGGGUUAAUUUCACUUCUUAAAGUGGAGUUAUUUUUUUGGGAGUUAUUUCAACUCCAAAAGGGAGUUUAAAGAACUCUUUUCCCGGGGUAAAAAUCACCCCAGAUUUGGAGUUAAUAUUGAGGAGUUAAAAUAACCCUCAAAAAGGAGUCAUCUUGGACCUAAAGGUUUUACUCCAUUUUUGGAGUUAUAAUAUCUCCCUAAAAAUUAUUGUGAAAGGACGAAAACUUCAAUCGUAGGGUUAUCCUGGUGUAGUGCUAAUCGGCUUUUCAGGAAUCGGGUCUAGGUGGCUGAACUACUGACAAAAAGGGUGGCACCUAUGCCUAGCAUCAUCUUUAAGCCGUUUGCAUUUAGCUUUUGCUCAAGCUAUAUUUAUCCCAACCACCCCCCACCCCGUUAUCCCCGCUAUCACUCCUCCAUUCUCUUUGUCAUCCAAUUAUUAUUAUUAUUUGUUUACUUUCAAGGGAGCUACCUCAGUCACCGGUUACUUUCCGGAUGCCACAUGGUACGAUGGAUCCGAUGGUUCUGUUCUCCAAUCAUCAGGAAAUGGAGGUCAAUAUCACACGCUACAAGCUCCCUGGGAUAAGAUUCCCUACCACUUUAGAGGAGGAUAUGUCAUACCGACUCAACAACCUGACAUCACUACUUAUCAAAGGUAA